AUGUCCACUCGUCAGCAGCCGCCAUGGCAGCACCCUCCUUCCCCCGCGGGGGUGGAGUUGCCGCCUCUAGCAGUUUGGAACUCCUUGACCAAGUCUAAGACGCCCUUUGUUCCAAUAGAUCCCUCCGGCAGGAAGGUUAGCUGGUACGCUUGCGGUCCCACAGUCUACGACGACUCCCAUUUGGGUCAUGCUAGGAACUAUGUGUCCACCGAUAUCAUUCGGCGCAUCAUGCGCGACUAUUUCAAAUUCGAUGUCCACUUUGUUAUGAACAUUACAGAUGUGGAUGAUAAGAUUAUCCUACGCGCAAGACAACACCAUCUCUUCCACGAAUUCGUCUCCACCAACCCUGUCGUCUCCUCGGGAGUGCUUGAAACAACAAAAAGCGCUUUCACAGCCUACAUUAAGAAAAACUUGUCUUUACUGGACCCCGAACUGGUACCGGUCAAGUACCAGGAAGCGGUGGAGAAGACAUACGCGGUGGUUUUGAAGGGAGGUGCAUUGCCAGGUAAUGAGAAGCCCGGUGAUGACGAGGCAAAGGUUAAGAUGCACAUUAAAACUGCAGGCUCAGCCGCUAAGGCCUUGAGCGCAAAGGAAAUUGAGGCGGGGCCAUUCUACGAUAGCGUCCAAGAUGUUCUCCUACCCUACUUGGAUGCAUUGAAAGGAUCUUUGAUCGAUGCAGGCGACCACAGUAUCUUUACUAAACUCACCAAAAAGUACGAGGACCGGUUCAUGAAGGAUAUGCGAGAUUUGAAUGUCCUCGACCCCGACGAGUUGACGCGCGUUACGGAAUACGGUGCUGAGAUUGCCGACUUCGUAGAACGCAUUGUCAAGAACGAGUUUGGAUACGUCACUGAGGAUGGCUCCGUAUAUUUUGAUAUUAAAGCAUUUGAGGCAGCAGGGCAUCCAUAUGCGCGCCUUGAGCCUUGGAGUCGAUCUGACAACAAAUUGGCCGCCGAGGGCGAAGGUGCUUUGACCAGCAAGACUGCUGAGAAGCGGGGAACCUCUGAUUUUGCUCUCUGGAAGUCGUCCAAACCAGGAGAGCCGAGUUGGCCCAGCUCUUGGGGCCAGGGUCGCCCUGGCUGGCAUAUUGAGUGCUCGGCCAUGGCAUCAGCCCGCUUGGGCAAGCAAAUGGAUAUACACUCUGGUGGCAUUGAUCUUGCCUUCCCACACCAUGAUAACGAGCUGGCCCAAAGUGAAGCCUAUUACCACAACCACGAGCAAUGGGUGAAUUACUUCUUGCACAUGGGUCACUUGUCUAUUCAAGGAUCCAAAAUGUCCAAAUCCUUGAAGAACUUUACAACAAUUCGGGAGGCUCUUGAGCGGAAAGACUGGACCCCCAGGAGUCUGCGUAUUGUUUUCCUUCUGGGUGGUUGGAAAGAGGGUGUUGAAAUCACUGAAGAGCUGGUGAACACCGGUAACUCUUGGGAGGACAAGGUCAACAACUUUUUCCUCAAGACAAGGGACUCUGCCGCUUUCCAGGGCUCUGGAACUGAUAAAUCCCUCGGCGCCGAUCUCAAAGCUGCCAAGGCUACCGUACAUGAACACCUUUGCGACUCCUUUAACACCGUGGGCGCCAUGCAAGCCGUCUCAGAGCUCAUCACAAAGUAUAACAGCGCCGAUAAGAUAACCUUGAACCCUAAGGAUGUCGAAGCUGCUGCUCGGUGGGUCACUUCAAUUGUAAACAUUUUCGGUCUCAAUGGCACCGCUGCCGCCGACAGCACUACAAUUGGAUGGUCAGGCAUCGACGUGCCCGAGGAGGCCAAACCGUUCCUCAGCCCACUCUCUACUAUGCGCGACACACUUCGCCAAGCUGCUCGCUCAAAGGAAGGAAUCUCACUCACAGUCAUUAAAGAGGCUCUCAAGCAGGAAUCGGCCCCGCAAGACAUCUCCGAGUCUGCCAAGCCCUAUGCUGAAGUGUUGGCAACCUUCCGAACCAAGAUUUCUUCCCUAAAGCCCACCGACUCAAUCAGCAAAGAGAUCCUCGCCCUGUGCGAUCGCGUCCGUGACAUUGAACUCUUCGACCUGGGAAUCUACCUGGAGGACAGAGACAAUCUCCCCGCGCUCGUGCGUCCGGUAACCACAGAAAUGAUCAAGGCCCGAGAGGAGAAGGCCGAGAAGGCUCUGCAGAAGGAAGCAGAGAAAAAGGCCAAGGAACAAGAAGCAUUGAAGAAGUUGGAGAAGGGCAAGCUCAGUCACUUGGAAAUGUUCCGCACAGCCGAGUAUACUGCAUGGGAUGACGAGGGUAUACCCACGCGCGAUGCGGCCGGCGAAGAAAUCACCAAGAGCCGAGCUAAGAAGCUUCGCAAGGACUGGGAGCGACAGAAAAAGGCCCAUGAGGCUUGGCUGGCUAGUCAAGCCAAAUAG